GUUCGUGGUCCAACUGGCUGAAGCCCCUCAGCAGUUACCACCAUGUCUUGGCUGUUUGGUAUGAACAAGAAGCCGGAUCCGCCGCUGCUGCCGCAGGAGCCGUCGGACGGCGCGCCGGGCGCCGGCGGCGAGGGUGGCGGCAGGACGGCCGCGGCGGGUAGUCGGCCCACGUCCGCCCCCAUGGAGGCGUAUCGCUUCGACUCGUCAGCGCUGGAACGCGCCGCGCAGGCCGCGAAAGACCUCGAGAAGUCCUCAAACGCGCGCGAGAUCCUGUCGGUGACCAAGCAGCAGGAGCAGACACGCCAGCUGGAGCAGCAGUCGCGCAUCAAGGAGUACGAGGCUCACAUCGAGCAGGCCAAAGUGGAGCAGGUGCGCGCGCAGGGCGAGGAGCGCCGCAAGCUGCUGGCCGAGGAGACCAAGCAGCACCAGCAGCGCGCUCAGUACCAGGACCAGCUCUCCAGGAAAAGGUCGGAGGAUCAGCUUAUCCAGCAACAUCGGAUGAAUGAAGAGAAUCUUCGGAAGCAGGAAGAGUCCGUACAAAAGCAGGAGGCCCUUCGGAAAUCCACGCUGGAGUACGAGAUGGACCUGCGGCACAAGUCUGACAUGAAGAAGAUCGAGGCGGAGAUGGCGGCGCGCGCGCGCAUGGAGCGCGACAACCAGGACUUGACGCUGGAGCAGAUCCGCGUGCGCGCCGCCGAAAAGCGCGACACCGUGCUCAACUCCAUCAAGACGGCCGGUGCCGUGCUCGGCGAGGGCGCCUCGGCCUUCCUCAGCGACUGGGACAAGGUGGCAGCGGCCGCCGGCGGCGUCUCGCUGCUGGCGCUCGGCGUCUACACAGCGCGCGGCGGCGUCUCGGUCGCUGCCCGCUACGUCGAGAGUCGGCUCGGCAAGCCGUCGCUGGUGCGCGAGACCUCGCGCUUCUCGCUGUUCGACACGCUGCGGCACCCGUGGUCGACUCUGCGGACCCGUCUGCAGAAGAGUGAGACGGACGCUCUGGCCGGCGUGGUGCUGGAGCCCAAUCUGGAGGCUCGGCUGAGAGAUAUUGCCAUUACUACGAAGAACACAAAGAGGAAUCGUGGCAUGUACAGAAACCUGCUGUUCCACGGGCCCCCAGGCACAGGAAAAACGCUGUUCGCGAAGAAGCUGGCCAAGGCUUCCGGCAUGGACUACGCCAUCCUGACGGGCGGCGACGUGGCGCCCAUGGGCCGGGACGGCGUCACCGCCAUCCACAAGGUGUUCGACUGGGCCAACACGUCACGUAAAGGUCUGAUCAUGUUCGUGGACGAGGCGGACGCAUUUCUACGGAAACGGAGCUCAGAACACAUCAGCGAGGAGCUGCGCGCCUCCCUCAACGCCUUCCUCUACCGCACCGGCGACCAGUCGGACCGCCUGAUGCUGGUGCUGGCCUCCAACACGCCCGAACAGUUCGACUGGGCCAUCAACGACAGGCUGGACGAGAUGGUGGAGUUCCAGCUGCCUGGCCUACAGGAGCGCGAGCGGCUGGCGCACUUGUACUUCCGCAAGUUCGUCCUGGAGCCAGCCACGCAGGGCGUCAAGCGGCUAAAGGUGGACAAGUUCGACUACGGCGACGUGGUGUCCCGGAUAGCGCUGAUGACCGCCGGCUUGUCGGGCCGCGAGAUCGCCAAGCUGGGGGUGGCCUGGCAGGCGGCCGCGUACGCCAGCGAGGACGGCGUGCUCACUGAGAAGAUGGCCCUCGAGCGCGUGCAGGACGCCAUCCGGCAAAACAGGAAAAAGAUGGAGUGGCUCAGUGAGGAGGAGCGACGCGAGGGCAAGUCGGCGGCGCCUCAGACGGAGCCGGUCGUCUAGCGCCGCGCCCUGACCCGACCUGACCUGACCUGACCCGGCCCGCCCGGGGCAUCUCUCACCGCAGCGCGGGCGUCUGCGUCCAGUCAUCCAGUGUUAUGUUUGCGCCGGUCGAUAGCUAUUGUGACCGGCGGCCUGUUUUGAUACAUGGGCCGGGUUCCCUCUGGCCGGUGGCCCCAGGGAAGGCUGCGCCAUUUUUCCCGCGCGCGUCCCUUGGGCGGCCGGGCCCGACGGACCGGCCCCCUGUAUACGUGCAUUGUCUGGAGCUGCUGAGCGGCGGCUCACAGCCGGCGAAGGUGCCGCGCGACUGGCGGCCAUCGUGAAGCAUCAAUACAUAGCCCGUGAUCGAGCCAGC